UCGCCAUGUUCACAAACCCGCAUGAUGGCGAAAGGAGUGUACUGACGGUAGUUGGGAUUUUGCUGAGUUUUGACAGAACGUCAUAAUGUGCAGUUAUGCGAUCGACGAUGGAUAUUUCAGGAGAACUUGUGUACAUUGUGUCUAGUGCUGGAUAAUAUUUCUAGUGGAUUAUACGAAGAGGGGCGGCCUAUUUGUUAGUCUGAUAGAGCACUCGUGCAACCUUCCAUUCAUUGUCAGGGUAGAAGAUAUCCUGUACUGAAUCUUCAAAUUUCAGACGAAAAGUCAGUGGAAUAAUUAUCAUCGCCCGGAAAUUCUGUCACUACACAGAAGCUCACCAUGGAUGGAAAUAUAAGUGUUGAGAAAGACUGCAGUGCCCUUGGCGGUCUUUUCCAAGCGGUUAUCAACGAUAUGAGGGGAAGUUCGCCAAUAUGGGAGGAUUUUACUUACAAGGCAACGAAAAUGCAUUCUUCUCUGAAAUCCACCCUCAUAGCGAUCAGCGCCUUCCUGGAUGCCUUUCAGAAAGUGGCAGAUAUGGCCACCAGCUCUCGAGGAGCAACCAAGGAGAUUGGAUCAGCUCUGACCCGACUGUGCAUGAGACACAGAAGUAUAGAAAGCAAACUCAAGUCAUUCACAGGAUGCAUGCUGGAUACCUUGGUCGCACCGAUUCAGGACAAGCUGGAGGAAUGGAAGAAGGUCGUAGCUCAACUGGAUAAGGAUCAUGCUAAGGAAUAUAAGAAAGCCAGACAAGAAAUAAAGAAAGCAGCUUCAGACACAGUCAGAUUACAGAAGAAAGUGAAGAAAGGCAAGGGUGACAUUCAGAGCAGACUGGACAACGCCAUGCAGGAUGUAAACGACAAGUACCUCCUUUUGGAGGAAUCUGAAAAGAGCUGUGUGCGGACAGCCCUCAUCGAGGAGCGGGCCAGAUACUGUGUCUUCGUCAGUGCUCUCAAGCCGUUUGUUGACAAUGAGAUCAGCCUCCUCACAGAGGUCACGCACCUCCAGGAGAUCAUCGACAGCUUGUGUAAUCAGAGUUCCGACCCCAGUACACUGCCGCCAUCUAGUGAGCAGGUGAUCAUGGACCUGAAGGGGGUCGACCACAGCGUGUGGAACUUUCAGGUAAAGCAGACGCCACCAAGUUCACCCAGCUCACUAGGAUCGCGCAAGUCUAGCAUGUGCAGCAUCAGCAGCAUUAACAGCUCCUCCAGCGGCUCCACGCAGUCGCACUCGCCCAGCCACCACAACGUGCGCAACCGCACAACUUCACAGCAACCGACCGUGGGAACUCAACGCUUAAUGAGCGUGUCAUCACAGGACUCCGGCUUCACGUCCCAGGAUACGCUGUUCUUGCGGCCCACCACUCCCCUAUCCCUUAAUCUGCCACAGAACUCGGACAAGGACAGUACUAGUACUGGUACCCCUGACGUUGACUCCACCCCAACCACACCCUCAGAACACUACCCCGCUACCCCGUCUGCCAGCUCCACAUGGAACAACUGGCCUAAUGCCCCCAACAGCGCUCAGAAGGGAGAUGACUUCCGCCCACACACGAUUUCGUCUGCCUAUGAAAAGUCACAUCACAAUCGCCCAGCUCUGAAAGCGGAACUUUUCCAACCUCCAGCACCGGAGAUGUUAGAGAAGCUGAAGGAGGCCGAUUCCCGUGGAGCUCAGGGCGGAGCUAAACAUGGACGUCCACACAGUACUGUGAGUGCGUCGCCAUACUCGCGACCGUCUGCUACAAUCAACAAGAUGCAGCCAGUCCUCCCACCGCUUGGGCCCAAACCCAAACCCAAGGCUGUGCCACCUCCUAUGGUGCCUCAUACAGUUUCCCAAUCGCCGAUCUACGCAAACGCCGCUGAGAUAGCUCAGAUGGCUGCUGAUAAGAAGAAGGACGUGGAGCCAGUGAUCGUCCACUCCCCCGACAGCGACACAUCGUCCUCGCCCCCAACCCCAUCUAAUAAUGCUGCUGCACAGCCGUCCCUGACUCAAUCAGAUAUGUUGGACCUUCAGGAGGCCAUCAAGUCACUUGAUAGCUGCACCGCAGCCUUAAAUGUUGAAUAUGAUAGCGACGAGGAUGAUGUACAUAAGACUAGAAACGGAAGCCCAGACAGCCUGCAACAAAUGCAGCAGAAUUCCCUGGAGUUAGCCGAGGCGAUACGGGAAUUGGAGGCGAGUACCGCAGCUCUGGAAUGUACGUACGACACCCAGAGCCACACCAGCCACACAUCGCUACAGUGCUCCAGUGGCUACGGCACCAUGAACAGUACGCCGUCAGGAUCAGAGGACACCAUAGCCUCAGGAGAUUUUCAAAUAGCUCCUACAGGCGUCGUGGAAACUGAUCACGAGAAAUAUUACACGAUUCCGCGCAGUCGGGACGUGUAUACUGCCUAUCGUAGUGUAUUGCAACCCAAACGCCCUGCGUCAACAGCAGGCAUCCCGACCCCAACAACCAACAACAGUCUUUCACGCCGCACUUCUGCCAACAGCGCCAGGCCCCCUCCCCCUGUGAGGAGGACAGUAUCUGUAACAGGCGCAUCCCCAGCAGCCCAGAAGGUCCGUGCUUCGCCCCCAAGGGAGAUAUCUGGGCCUCCUCAGGGCCCAGUUAUGCAGCAUAAGCGGAUUCCCAGCGGGGAUAAGCACUCUGAUGGCCCGUAUGCUGAACUGCAACUAAUCCAGCAGAGUAUACAUGAUACUAAAUUGAGACAACAACAGCAACGACAAGGUCAUCCUCAUCCUCAAGGACACUCAAGUGGACACCCACAAGGUCAUGGUCAUCCUCAAGGUCAUGGCCAUCCUCAAGGUCAUGGCCAUCCUCAAGGUCACCCACAAGGCCAUGGCCCAGGUCAUCCACCAGGAUAUUCUCAAGGUCAUGGCCCAGGGCAACAUCAAGGACAUGGUCCAGGGCAACAUCAAGGACAUCCUCAAGGUCAUGGCCCAGGGCACCUUCAAGGACAUCAAGGUCAUGGACAAGGGCACCCGCAAGGACAUCCUGCAUCACCCCACAACCACCAUCAACAGAGACGUAUCCCACAACAUCACCGGCCACAGCAGCAGGCGCCGCACCAACAGCACAGUGGAGGGUCAGCUUCGCCUAGCAGAGCGGCCCCAGGAAGUAGUCCCCACUAUGCAGAGCCUCACAUUAUACUGGAGCAAACACACGGACAUGCCAAUGUUAUACAAAGCCUGACACGCAAGUUUUCCGAGUCGGUGGCAGGGGCGCCGACCACAAACGAUGACCUUCCGCUGCCUCCCACUGAGGAGGAGCUGCAGGAGAUGGAGCAGAUCUACAGUAAAGCCCCUCCUCCUCCCCGUGCACCUACUCAAGACUCACUUGUGUUAGAACUCAAACGAAGGGUUGCUGAUAGUUCUGAAGUUUAAUACAUUGUGGCUUUUUGAAACUGUUGUUUUGCUGGAACCAUUGCAGUUUGUUACUUUGAUGAGUAAUGUACGUGUGAUUUGUCAGAUGUUUUCUUGAGAUGUACAUUUGGGCUCUCGCAACGUUCUCAAGGUUUUGCAGGCGGUAGUUGGGUGCAGUUAAGCAUGAUGAGCUUUGGCUGUGUGACAAUGCUUUGCAUCUUGUGAAGCAGGAUUUAUUCAACACUGUGUCAAGAUUGAUGAAAUGUUGCAUGGAAUUUUUACUUUUGAAACGAAGAAAUAUAACUGUUGACAAACAGGAAAAAUGUAAGUGUUGGCAUCAAAGAAGUGAUGUUACCAUGGUAACUAAUUGCAGUGGAGUUAGCGCUAUUUUCCCAAGAACUAUUUCCACCAGCUGGUGAGCUCGUCUAGCAGCAGUUGUAUGCAGUCUUUCAAUGGAUCUAGUGUUCCCUGGGUAUAGGAGCGAUAGCAGUUGUGGAGGUGGCCAUUUUCCAUGAUCCUGCAGGUUUCCGUGGAAUUACGCCAGUUUUGUCGAUCUGGAGCAAUAUACUGCUUUCAAGACGAGGUUACCCAUGGAGAAGAUGUUCCAGGUCCUGUGAUCAGUGUCUUUGCUGUACAGAUGAUUCUUACAAGUGUCAGAUGUAGUAACGGAAGCAGUGUAACCUGCUGCUGCCUUGAAAAUACUCUUGUGAUAUUCAAGGGGAACAAUGCUGGGAUGCUGAAGAUGUUUUAGCGCAGUUAUUUUAAAUUUCAGAUGACUUCUUAUCGAAUUUUACCAUACUGCUUUUGUACAAUGCUCUUACUCUUAUCGCCAAGUCACUUUAGUUGAUUUAUUUGUUAACUUUUUUAUUUAAGCAGAUCUUUGUCCAGUUGUUGUAGAGGUUCUGUUAUGUUUUAGAAGCAUUUUUAAUAAAGACCUAUAUGCACGUAGAGAAUUAUGCCGUUGUAUUCAGGUUAAGAUGACUAUGUUCAAUAGACAAUUUAUUUACGACUGGACUUGUGUUAAUUGCAAUAAUCAUGUGAAUUGAGAUUUCUCCUCCAUCUUCUUCACCUGAAUGAUUCAGCAUCUCCAUCUGUAUCAGUGGUACAGUAGUUAUUUCAUGUUAUUUUCAAAGGUGCUUUUGAACGCAAUAUGUAGUCACGUGAUCUCAAUGUAUCUUCGAUAGUAGGAAUCUUCUCGCAUGGACUCAAGAACUGCUGUUUGUCAACUUCGCAUGAAAGUGUUUAUGCAUGAAAAGUUGCAGACUUGUUUCUGAAGGAAAUAUUUUCGAUCUCAAUGUACUGGCGAAAUCACAUUAACUUUCUCAAAUUGUGUUUUCUCAAGAGUGGAGAAAUUUGACUUCUUUGAUAAAAGCCAAUUUAUGAUCAUAUGUAUCAAAAUAAGUUUGAAAUUGUGAUAUGUAUGUUUCAAAAAGGCAAAAUAUGUUUUUGCUGCGUUGUUCUGGCUUGUCCUUCCUUCAGUGAAACUGCGAUUCUGGUCUCCAUGAUCCCUUUGUAAUAUGACAGUACACACAACAGUAUCAAGUCUACUAUUCCAGUGUCUGCUCAGACGACCUUUAUGUACAUCGAUCAUGUGAAGCGGUGAAUAAUAUGCAAUAAUUACUUGUAAUAAUACCAGCAAUUAUGCAAGUUUCAACACUGUGUUGAUUUCCGUUUUUUUGCGGAAUUUUCCAGAAUUUGUUUCUUUUCCCCAAAAUGCUUGAUACAUUAAAAAUAGCACAGGCUGCAUAAACCAAAUGAGAUUAUUAAUGACUGGUUUUCAUAUAUUGUAAAAAUAUAAAAAUAGCAAAUCUGUGCUGUCAUAACUGUAUGAAUUUAAGAAUAUAUCAUUUCAUCCCGACAUAAUUCGAAGGCAGAGAAUUUAUGCAGCUUGUACGUGCUAUUUUUGCAGUGUCUGUCAGUUUGAUUUUGUCAAAUGAUACGUUCAUAAUGUUUCCUGUUUUCAUUUUGUGGUGUAUUUUGUGCAGUUUGUUGUCAGUAUAUAGUGCUGUGUUUGAAUUAAAAUGUUUUCACGCAGUCUUAUGUUCAGCUACCAGGAUUUUCUGUUUAAAUUAAAACUGUUUUCUCCACUUCACUUUCUUGUCAUUGUAGGGCAUUACUUCCCCAGUAUAAUGGCUGUUAAGGCUCCAAUAAAAUAUGUAUUUCCAUAUUCCAAUCCAUCCCAAUAGUGCGUAGGUAGUUCAGGUUUCAUUUUUUUUUCAUCUUUAUGAAAUAAUUUGGUGAAUGUCCUGCUCCACUAACACUUUCUUAGUGUCCCCAAAGGUUUACUAUGAAACUACUCCUAUGCCUUAAACAGACUUGUGAUAGUCAGAGUGCUACGAUCAUGUUGUGUAUCAGAUUUUUUUAAUGUCUGUUGCCGUUGUGAAACAAACAUAUUUUUUAUUAAAUUUCAGGCAAUAUAGUCGUGGAAAAACUCAACACAGUUUUAUGGUCAGGGGUUCCUUGUCUGGGUUACUUGGAAAAUGGAAACAUAUCAGCAGGAGCCUUAACAAUUUACUAAGCAGAGUAAUUAAACCAAAUGUUUGUGUGAAAGUAUUCUCAGAAACCAGACGCAUUUUGUAUCAGUUGCAGUCUCUGUACUACCAAUCAUGUGUGUAACUAACUAAAUGGGAAAGGACUCUUGAUAAUCAGUUAAACAUUUUAAUCAGAAAUUACAGGUAAAUAAUCACACACUUACUGAUCUGUAUACAACUAUUAGAGGUGUUUACGUGAUCAAUUCAUACUCAGAUACCACUGGGAAGACAGCACUGCUCUGACACCUUUAAUGUUUUAAUUUCGUUUAGGAAUGGAGAAGAUCCGAUCUCUGCAGUGACAAUAAGGCACUUGAUGCACUCCUUAAUGUAAGCAAGAAAUUUUGUAAUUUUUCUGGAUUUACAUGUUUAAAGGCUGUUACGCUGUAUAAUUUGGAAUUGAUCCUUAUUUGUCGUUUAGCAAUGUCUCAUGCAGUGUGGCACCAGAAGUAUCAGGUUUAUUUAUUAAUAAUCAAAGAAUCAUGCAGAUAUACAGGUCAAUGGCAGGUUUAGAUUACCAUUAAAUAUAAUACACGGUGGAAAAUGCAGGGAUAGAAAUUAGCUGAAGUCUGUAAAUGUUAAAGGUAUCCUUUAUCAAGUAUCGAGUUUCAAACAUUUUGGGAGGUGUUGCUAUAAAUGUGAACUCUGUUUUGAGCUGUUUCUUUGUUAAUUUCUAUCCCUGACUAAGGUGUUUUAUAUCCUGCUAGCUACAACUAAUUACAAAUGUAUAUUACUAACUUAAAUAGAUCAGUCUUACCAUAUUACAAGUUUGAUAGGACAAAUCCUGGCUUGGGCAGUGUUUUGUGUUGUCAGGACCAAGGAGAUUUAAUUCCAAUAAGCUUUGAAAAUGCCAACGCCAUUCUACCUUAAACAGCUAUGACAUGUAUUGUACUAUAUGACUGAGAAUUUUGAUUUUAUCAUAUUUAUGAACCUCGGGGGAAUAGUUUCCCCCAAUUCAACACCUACAUCCAUGAUUAUGGGUUAUUUUGUAAAUAAUUAUGACUCUUUUUCCCCUGUUGUAAAUAUGUGUAUUUACUCCAUGUUGUUCAUGUGGCCACUUUUGAUGAUGGCGAUGCUUGGAUUUCUUAGAAGUAAGAGAUGUAUCUGCACUGUCACUGAACACGAAAAUAUUAAGCUGCAAUUUUGAAUUUGGAAAUUAAAUGUGAAAACGAUGGUGGAAUAAUAGUUUGGUAUUGUACAAAAUUUUGCUAUUUGUUCAAUGGCAGUACAGAGUACAUCUUCCAAGUUUUGGGCUAGUUUUCACAACCAUACGCUUUGUACAAAUUGCAGCCUGCCCUGAAGUUAAAUGCAUGAUGUAGAGCUCAGGCUAGAAGCUGUAGCGAGCUAUGUCAGCUCCAUACAGGGUGCUCCUCAACAACUCCACACACAGCUGAUAAGGAUACCAAUCGUUUAAGAGCAGGGUGUUACCAGUAAUCACAUUUGUUCAAAUUGACAUUUACACAGUUCAGAACUACUGCAUUUAUAAGUUUUGCAUUGACUAGUUUGACACAUGGUGUUGACAAACUGGUAAAAGAACUAUUUAAUAGCAUGGUUUCAUGAAUUUGUAUUGAAUUCUUUACUUACACCUAUUCAUUUAUCGCAAACUGUUACAGUGCACUGUAACCAAGUAACAGAUUACUGUAACAGGCUUCCAUAAAUAACAGGAUUUUUGUUUGCUCUUUAGUUUGACAUGGAAUAAUAUCUCCAUCUCAACACAGAUUGAACUAGAUGAAAACUUGGUUCUCACACAAUCAGAUAUACACUUGGAAAAUAUGUCAGCUGCCUGUUUUCUGAAGUAAAACAUGGCACAGUCUUAAUAUUUUUGUUUUUGUUUGUCAAGUAGCUAAGUAUAAUUCUUCAGUAUAAUGUUAUUGAAGCAUUUUCUCAGAACCAAUUUUGUAUAAUCAAGUUUCAAACUGUUUUGUUUAAGCAUCAAGUUUCAAACUAGUUUGUGUAGUACUCCGUAGCCUGUGUGGGGGUGUUAAGCGCUGCCCUAGUGCGUGCAUGUACAAUGUCGGUACCUGCAACAGUGCUGCACUAACCCUGGGGUUCACGCACUCACAUGUUGUACAAGUUUUAAGAUCAUAAUAAAAAUCUGAUGAGUGCUACUAUG